GUCUCUUGCUGUGGGGAGCGCUUGCCAACCUGGCCCCGAGAAGGAAGAGGCACCUACUUCUAGAGGGGGACGUUGUCAGGGGGCUUCUCGGGCUCUGAACCACCAGGUGAAACCUCCCGGUUUCACUUGCAUUAGCUUGCCCUCUUUGUGGGGUUCAGGUGGGCUUUGGCAGUCCUGACAUUGCCUCUGUUGUAUGUAACUGGACAGGCAGGCGCUUUUCCCAUGCUCUUCCACAGCUUAGCCUAAGCAUGAGACCUCCUUUGUGCCUGGAAAACCUUGCCAAGCCCUGGUGUCACGCUCUCUCUUGCUCUCUCCCAUUCCCACUUGCUGUCAUAUGUUUUGUGUUGUGGUUUUUUUGGUUGUUUUUUUUUAAGGAGUUAACACUACUUUUGAUAUUAACUAACUUCCAGUUGUUUAAUGCUUGUUUUAAUAUUAACUUACAGUAGUUUAAUAACAGUUGCAAUAAACAGUUUUCAAUUAUCAAAUCACUUAAAGAUGAAUUUUAAAUCUACUCUACAAUGUAGACUUCUUUUAACUGGUCUCCUGGAUGUGCCUGUUCUCAAAACAUAUAUGGUACUGAUGUUUCUUAAUGUACUCUAGAAAUAAUCCUGUUUUACUGGUAAUGUAGCAACUAAACAGCAUUUACUAGGGCAGAGGAAAUGGCUUCUUGCAAGGUGCCUGCCACCAGGUAAGAACUGCUGUUGGAGUGGCACAGAACUUCGUGCCAUCACUGCAGGUCCAGGCUUGCCAUGACAGAAGCAAGUGGUGAGUUUUGACCUGCUCUAUCUGCAGUGCAGCAACAAAGGUUAGAGGUAAGAAGAGGGAAAAUGAAUUCUAGAAAGGAGUCUGAAAAUCACAGAAAUGCUUACAGCCUGGAAAUGGAGAGGAGGGCAUGAACUGAGGGAAACAAGUCCUAGAAUGAACUAUCCAGGGAAGCUGUGUCUGAAAUGACAGCAAGAGAACCUGACGCACGCAUCCAAGAGUAUGAUAUAGAAGAGAAAGGGAGGGGGGGAAAAAGCAAAAUUGCUAAACCUAAAAGGACAGGACAUGGCACAAAGAGAGAAAUGGAAAAGAAUAAAAACUGAAGCAAAAAGCUCAAGAAGCCCCUAUAAUUUCCUUUUUUAUUUAAAAAAUGUCCCUUAAAAAGGAGGGGGUGGGAAGGGACACUGAUCUUUUGUCCAGUAGAAAAACUUCAGGAAAAAAUUCCCAGAUGAAAAAUAGGUGCUUGACACGCAUGUUGCUGUCUUUUAAUGUUAUCUGAGAUAUUUAUAAUGUUGGUACUUCGAAGUCACAGAAGCUAAAGUAGACUCAAAUAAAAAAUAAACCUUAAUUUAAAAUAACUUUGACUUUUCAAAAGUAGGUUUCAGUUUUAAAAAGUUUGAGACUUCCUUAUGUCUUUAUUAAUAAUGCCAAAGCCAUUAGUCUUUUGUAUUGCAAAGCUGGUGAUAAUUGAAAAUGCUGCCUUCAAAGGAACAUUUGCAUGUGGUCUGAGUAUCUGAAGCCUGCUUAUCUUUUCUCCUUCUUUCUAAACAGGUGCUAAUGAUUUUACUCACAUUUUGAUUUUUUUUGUCUCUUUUUUUUUUUUUUAAUUUCUCUAAUCUGAAUUUGUGACAAUAACUCUUAAUCUUUUAACAGGGUGAAGCACUGUUUUUCUUUUUUAACACCGAAAUGGAGCAGGCGGAACAAACAUCUAAAAGACUUCUUUUAGAGCCUUACAAGUACUUACUUCAACUACCAGGUAAGCAAGUGAGAACCAAACUGUCACAGGCCUUUAAUCACUGGCUGAAUGUUCCAGAAGACAAAAUACAGGUUAUCAUUGAAGUGACAGAGAUGUUGCACAAUGCCAGCCUGCUUAUAGAUGAUAUUGAAGAUAACUCAAAGCUACGGCGAGGCUUUCCAGUGGCCCACAGCAUCUAUGGAGUUCCAGCUGUAAUAAAUUGUGCUAAUUAUGUAUAUUUCCUUGGCCUAGAGAAGGUUUUAACACUUGAUCACCCAGAUGCAGUAAAAGUAUUUACCCGUCAGUUACUGGAACUUCAUCAGGGCCAAGGCUUGGAUAUUUAUUGGAGAGAUAAUUAUACCUGUCCCACAGAGGAAGAGUAUAAAGCCAUGGUACUACAAAAGACAGGUGGUCUUUUUGGACUAGCUGUGGGCCUUAUGCAGUUGUUCUCCAAGUAUAACAAAGACUUAAAACCACUCCUGAAUACUCUUGGCCUCCUCUUCCAAAUAAGAGAUGACUAUGCUAAUUUACGGUCAAAAGAAUAUAGUGAAAACAAGAGUUUUUGUGAAGACUUAACUGAGGGCAAGUUCUCAUUUCCAACUAUUCAUGCUAUUUGGUCCAGGCCUGAAAGCACUCAGGUGCAGAAUAUUUUGCGUCAAAGGACAGAAAAUGUAGACGUUAAAACCUAUUGUGUACAAUACCUUGAGACUGUGGGUUCCUUUGAGUACACACGGCAAACUCUGAAAGAGCUUGAAGCUGAAGCAUAUAGACAAAUUGAAUUACUUGGAGGGAACCCUGAGCUUGUAGCUCUAGUUGAACACUUAAGCAAAAUGUUCAGAGAUGACAAAAAUUGACCCAUAAUUUAUUUGACACUUGCUUUGGGGCUGAAGGGGAAUUAUUUUAAAACGGAAUUUUAAAAAAAGACAUUACUAAAAUAAUGUCAUAAGUGUGGAAAUGCUUAUUUCACAUUUAUUUAUAUUUUGCUUCCUAUGAUUAUAUUGAACACAGUUCAAGGUUGCUUUGAGGGUAUUGGAAUGAAGUGCAAAUGAUCACUGUCACUUAAUUGGAACUAUCUAUGAAAUAUCUCGUACAGAAAUAAAGUUGCAUAGAUCCGGUAAAACCCGACACUAACAAUAUUGUCUCCCCUAUAUAGUCAGGGUGGUGGUGAGGGAGCAGGGGUGUUUAUUUUAGCCAUAAAUUUAAUUGACUUCUGGUAACUGUUAGAUAAAGUCUGACAAUGUGGGUUUCUGGCUAUACUGCUAUAUUAAACUGAAUCAUCUUCCUUAA